AUGUCGAAUGUUGGUGAAUCAAUAGAUUGUCGAGCUGCUGUUUUAUGGGCUCCUAAAGGACCGUUGACUGUUGAAAUGAUAACAGUGCGACCUCCAAGUAGAUGCGAGGUUCGAGUUAAAAUAAUCGCCAGUGGUGUUUGUCAUUCUGAUUUAAUUGAUUAUUCAGAAUCGGGAAUGGCUUUGGGCGAAUCAAUGUUUCCUUAUGUUCCUGGUCAUGAAGGAGCUGGAAUAGUUGAAUCGAUUGGUGACAAUGUGACUAAUGUUACGAUUGGAGAUAAAGUGCUUGUAAUGUUUUUCGGUAAAUGCGAAAAAUGUUCAGAUUGUGAUAAAGGAAUAGCUAAUUAUUGUGGAACCAGCAUGUUGAAUGCUCAAAUAAACAUCGAAACAAGUGAGAUCCCAUUCACAGUUAAAGGUGAACCAUGUUAUCGUUUGUUUGGUGCAAGUACUUUCUCAGAAUAUACUUUAGUUGAAGCAGAUCGAGUGGUCAAGAUUGAUCAAGAAGAUGUUGAUCUUAGGAAAAUUUGUCUGAUAGCAUGUGGAAUAUCAACCGGAUAUGGAUCAGCGGUAAACAUUUCUCGAGUUACCAAAGGGUCAAGUGUUGCAAUAUGGGGAUUAGGAACACUUGGAUUAGCUGCUGGUCUUGGUGCAGAUCAUUGUGAGGCAUCAAUGAUAAUUGGAAUCGAUCUUAAUUCAGAUAAAUUUCCAAUCGCAAAAAAAUUUGGUUUCACUCAUUUUGUUAACCCAAACGAACUCGAAUCUGGUAAGACAAGUGUUGAUGCGAUUAAGGAUCUUACAAGUGGAAAUGGUGUUGAUCAUACUGUUUGUUGUGUCGGUGCUACAAUUGCGAUGAAAGAAGCCGUUGAAUCGUUAGUACCUAAGGUCACAUCGAGAGCAGCAUUGGUUGGAUUACCUGUUCCAGGGGCUACAUUUCCAAUCUCUGCAGCCGAUGUUUUCUGUGGUAUAACAAUCACUGGCGGACUUUAUGGUAACUACAGACACGAAGACAUCCCUGGUCUAAUAGACUUAGUUCGUACUGAUAAAAUUGAUCUAAAUAAAUUCAUCACAUCCAACCGACCCUUAGAGGAGAUUAAAGAAGCAUUUGACGAUCUGAGUGCUUCGAAGGUCCUAAGAACCAUAAUCGUUCUGGACGAAAACUAUUCUACAUAAAACUAUUUCACCACAACUUCAGUCAUUCCAAUCAACCCCGAACGUAUUAGUCAAAUAACUGGUAGAUCUUGAAGAAAUGUAAUU